AAAACCCACCGUGAUUUUCGUAGCCUCAAAAAGUACGAUUAAGGUAUUCUCUCGAAUACCUGUUUUUCCCAUUUCCUCACCAAGAAUAGAACGGCACAAUCCCACUCUGAAACCCACGAAUUCCAGUAUAACCACUAAACCCACGAUUGAGAUUUUCAUACUUGUUUUCCUCUAUAUAUACCGAUGCAUAUCUUCAUCGUUUACAUCGAUACAAGAGGGUUUUCAUAUCAUAUCUGCUAGGAAUCAAUUGCAAGUUACUGAAUAUGGAGAGUGAUCAAUCAUCCGACCCCCAAACUGGAAGGACAACUUGGACUCCUCCCAUGGAUAGACUGUUCAUAGGUCUAAUGAAAGACCAAGUACAGAAAGGACAACUACUCGAUGAUCAAUUCAGCAAAUAUGCUUGGACACACUUUGUUGAUAAUUUCAAGCAGAGUUUUGGUUCUUCUUUUACCAAGGAUGUGUUGAAAAAUCGUACGAAAACUUUGAAGAAGAACUAUGUUGUUGUGAGUACUCUUAGAGGUCAAAGUGGAUUUGGAUGGGAUCAGUCGCGAGAAAUUGUGAUUGCUGAUGAUGCUGUAUGGGAUGAUUAUAUCAAGAAGCAUCCUGAUGUCAAAUGCUGGAGGACAAAGACCCUUGCUCACUUUGAUGAGUUAGCUAUUAUAUUUGGGGAUAAUAGGGCCAAUGGAAGGUAUAGCCGUUGUAGGAAUGACACUACUGUGCAAGAUGAUGAUGACCAUAAUAAUGAAAAUUUAGAUAACACGCAAUCUCCAGAUACCCCUCAAGAGCAGAAUGAGAAUGGAUAUAAAUAUAAGGAUGAGGACUUGCGUACAUCUGACACUCAAAAAAGGGCUCGAGCUUCAACAGGUACAUAUAAGAUAUCGUAAUAUGGCGAGUUCUGACGAUGAAGAAGAUUUGGUAGUAGUUGUAACAGCAGCCACAACAACACUAAUUGCUGUUUAUUACCAAUAUUUUUUUGGAGAAAACAAUAUGCCAUGAUUCAAUUCUUAGUGGUGCAGCUCAUGUAGAUGAAGUCUUAAAUGGUCAUGAUGCACGAUGUCAGGAUAGUUUUCGUAUGGAAAAACAUGUUUUCUUAAGAUUAUGUGAUAUGUUGAAAGAAAAGGAGUUACUUUGUCAUAGUAAUGGAGUUCGUGUUGAAGAAAAGGUAGCAAUUUUUAUGCUUGCUGUAGGACAUAAUGAACGUAACAGGAUACUUCAAGAGCGUUUUCAGCAUUCAAGUGAGACAAUUAGUAGACAUUUUAAUGCAGUCUUGGAUGCUAUUGUUGCAUUGGCAGAUGAUUUUCUUGUACCAGCAGGGCCUGAUACCCCCACUGAAAUCUUAGAAAACCCAAGAUUUUAUCCAUACUUCAAGGAUUGUAUAGGAGCCAUUGAUGGAACACAAAUACCAGCAAUGGUUGGUCUCGACGAACAAGUUCCUUUUUGGUGCAGAAAAGGGUUCAUUUCGCAAAAUGUUUUAGUAGCUUGUUCCUUUGACUUACAGUUUCAGUAUGUUCUAGCUGGUUGGGAAGGCUCGGCUGCUGAUUCACGCAUACUAGAUUCAUCUCUAACAAGAUGCGAUAGAUUAAUUGUGCCCGAAGGUAAAUUUUAUCUCGUUGAUGCAGGAUUCGCCAAUAUGCCGCAGUUUAUUACUCCAUAUCGUGGUGUCCGUUAUCACUUGAAGGAAUUUGGUGGAAAUCGUCCAAAAUAUGCAAAGGAAUUAUUCAAUCUCCGACAUGCAUCGUUACGGAAUGCAAUUGAACGUGCUAUCGGUAUACUUAAAAGACGCUUCACUAUUUUGCAACUGCAGCCUCAAUAUCCAUUCGAAUCACAAGUGAAAAUUGUACUUGCAUGUUGCAUCCUUCAUAACCACAUCCGCAGAGAGUGCAUUAAUGACUUGAUUUUCGAUGAUGAGAACUUACAAAACCUACUAGAAACCGAUCAAAGAAUGCAACAAGACAGUGAAUGCCCUACACUUGGGAGAAAUAGACAACGAGAAGUAGCUUCAGAACUUCGAACUUCAAUCGCAGAUGCAAUGUGGAAUGAUUAUCAGCGUCGCCGCCGCGGCUAAUGUUUGCAUACUGUUGAGUUAGACUUCGAUACUGUUAUUUGCAUAUUGUUGUUUAAAUUGGAUGAGUUAGACUUGGAUACUGUUAUUUGCAUAUUGUUGUUUAAAUUGGAUGAGUUAGACUUGGAUACUGUUAUUUGCAUGUUGUUGUUUAAA